AUGUCGAUGACAGUGCUCAGAAACAAAUUGGGUUCACAAGGCCUGGAGGCAUCACAACAAGGGCUGGGUUGCAUGGGAAUGUCGUUCGGCUAUGGCCCGCCCAAGCCUGAAGAUGACAUGAUCAAACUCAUCCACCAUGCCAUUGACAGUGGCGUUACUUUCCUCGACACCUCCGACACCUAUGGUCCCCAUCUUAACGAGAUUCUUAUUGGCAAGGCUUUGAAGGGAGGGUGGAGAGAGAAGGUGCAGGUGGCUACAAAGUUCGGGGUCGAGAUGGUGGAUACAAUUAAAGUAUUGACUCAUGGUGAGCCAGCAUAUGUGCGAACUGCAUGCGAGGCCAGCUUGAAGAGGCUUCAAAUCGAUUGCAUCGAUCUCUACUACGUUCAUCGAAUCGACACUAGCAUUCCCAUUGAAGUCACUGUUGGAGAACUCAAGAAAUUGGUUGAAGAAGGUAAAAUAAAACACAUAGGUCUAUCAGAGGCCUCAGCUUCAACUAUCAGAAGGGCUCAUGCUGUUCAUCCAAUAACCGCUGUACAACUGGAGUGGUCCUUGUGGACAAGAGAUGUGGAGGAAGAUAUAAUUCCAACUUGCAGAGAACUUGGAAUUGGGAUUGUUGCAUACAGUCCUCUAGGAAAUGGGUUCUUCUCAUUAGGUUCAGGGAUUGUUGCGAAGGAGUUACCUGACACUGACUACCGAAAGGUUCUACCAAAAUUCCAACCAGAGAAUCUCGAGCAUAAUAAAAAUCUUUAUGAGCGGGUUAGCGAAAUGGCUGCAAGGAAGGGAUGCACCCCAUCACAACUAGCAUUGGCUUGGGUCCAUCAUCAAGGAAAUGAUGUGUUUCCGAUUCCAGGUACAACCAAGAUUGAAAACUUCAACCAGAACAAUGGAGCUUUGUCUGUAAAGCUAACACCUGAAGAAAUGGCUGAGCUUGAAUCCAUUGCUGAAGCAGUUAAGGGUGAUAGAUAUCCACCCACAUUUCCUACUUGGAAGACUGCAAACACUCCGUCCUUGUCCUCAUGGAAUGUUGAAUGA